AUGCGUGACAAAUCCGAAUGCGAGAAGACCUUUGGGUCGGCCAAAUUUCACUUUCAUGGUCUCCAAAAUCCUUCGAGAACACAUGCUGACCUUGCGAACAAAGAUGCGAUUGUCAAAGAAGUCACUGCGGGCCUGCUUCCAUGCGAAGAACUUGGCUCAAAAGGCGUUGCCGAAGGUUUCGACCAGGCGAAUGAACGCUUCUCCUGCCAUCGCAUCUCGCAGCCAUAG